AUGGCACGGAUCGAGAAACACCUUCAUGAGCAUUUUGCCAGUCUUCAAGACACUGCUGACGAGCCAGCUGGCUCCUCGAGCGAGCCCGCCCCCGUCCUGCGGGACAGCGUGCUGGAGGUUCUGGAGCGUCCUUUUGCCAAAGUCAACAGUGUCGUGGCCAGGAGUCCUGCGGACAGCGCGGGCCUGAAAGCUGGCGACCUGAUCCGGAAUUUUGGUUAUGUGAACGCUAGCAACCACGACAACUUGAAGAAGCUGGCCGAAUGCGUUCAAGGCAAUGAAGGGCAAAACAUACUCGUUAAAGUGGCCAGAGGAGCUGGCUCGGGUUCGUUGCAGGAGCUUCGAUUGACACUCACGCCACGUCGGGACUGGGGAGGACGUGAUGGCAGCCUCAAAAUCGCCUACCUUGUGAUUCAUGUAUUGGCACUGACCAAGGAAGCAGCUUAUCACGACUUUUUUGACAAAAGUGACGUCCCACCAGACUCACGUGAUGAGAGGGAGGAGGCCCAACAACGAGAUUUUCGCCUAGACCCCAAGCAAGAUCGCCUACAAAACAACAUCCAAAAGACAGCCGAUCGUGAAUUUUCCCCCCUUCAACCUUCUCCCAAACUUCGCAUCCUCCACCCCGGCGAAGGUAAGAGCCAGACUAUUCCAGCCCCCAGAUAUUCUGGAUCAUUUUCCUCCUCCCGGAACCGCCGUUGCCUCGUGCUUCAAGGGCCUUAUCACCCAAAUACCAGGCUAACCCCGCGCUUCAGUUCUGACCCACGUUAUCUUCAACUUUCCGCCUUUUUCUCGAUACCCAUCACAACCAUGGCUGAGGCUGCCUCGCAAGUCCCGACCUUCAAGCUUGUGCUUGUCGGCGACGGUGGUACUGGAAAGACCACCUUCGUCAAGCGCCACUUGACUGGAGAGUUCGAAAAGAAGUACAUGGCCACUCUUGGCGUCGAAGUUCACCCUCUUGGCUUCACCACAAACUUCGGUCAGAUCCAGUUCGACGUCUGGGACACGGCUGGUCAGGAGAAGUUCGGCGGUCUGCGUGAUGGCUACUACAUCAACGGCCAGUGCGGUAUCAUCAUGUUCGAUGUCACCUCCCGCAUUACCUACAAGAACGUCCCCAACUGGCACCGCGAUCUCGUCCGUGUCUGCGAGAACAUCCCCAUCGUCCUCUGCGGCAACAAGGUCGAUGUCAAGGAGCGCAAGGUCAAGGCCAAGACCAUCACCUUCCACCGCAAGAAGAACCUGCAGUACUACGAUAUCUCGGCCAAGUCCAACUACAACUUCGAGAAGCCCUUCCUCUGGCUCGCUCGCAAGCUCGUUGGCAACCCCGCUCUGGAAUUCGUCGCUGCACCUGCCCUUGCCCCGCCCACCGCCCAGGUCGACGAGGCUCUCCUCGAGCAGUACCGCAAGGAGAUGGACGAGGCUGCCCAGACCGCCCUCCCCGGUGAGGACGAGGAUGAUGACCUGUAA